AGAGACAUUACGGCUCUAUUCUCCUUUUUAAAAGCUCCCCAUCUCGGUUGUUUAUUGCGCUUAAGUUGCACCUCGUGUGUGAUGAUCGAGGGCUGAUAUUUCCGACAGCACUCAAACGCAGCACAUUUCCUGUCUGCACAGGAACACACGACGAGCACCGGUCAGUCAGUCAGGCGGCAGGAUACGGAACAACCUGGAGACAACACAGGUAGAUAGCUGUUAUCCACCUGCUGCUUCAACCUGGUAUAUCAGUCUGUUCCUGCAAGAAUAUGACUACUCUAAACUGCGCCACUGGCUGAGACUAUUCAGCCUGUAUUAAACUAACGAGACGCACCGCACGGUUCCUCCCUCCUCCCUUCCUCCUCCACGUUCAGCUCCUCUCCUCCUGGUUUCGGGUGUCUCAAUGGCGGACCCGACAGAACCAGCUCCGGGCAGCCUGGAGGAGGAUGAGAAGACAACAGACGGUAUCAACGACGCAGAGCUGGCUCUCAAAGGGAUCAACAUGCUGCUCAACAAUGGAUUCAAGGAGAGCGACGAGCUCUUCAGGUUAUACAGGAACCACAGUCCUUUGAUGAGUUUCGGGGCCAGUUUUGUGAGUUUUCUGAAUGCCAUGAUGACGUUUGAGGAGGAGAAAAUGCAGAUGGCCUUUGAGGACCUCAAAGCUACAGAGAAACUGUGUGAGAGUGAAAACACUGGUGUCAUCGAGACCAUUAAAAACAAGAUCAAGAGGAGUAUGGACUCUCAGAGGUCGGGGGUGGCUGCAGUGGACCGACUCCAGAGGCAGAUCAUCAUUGCAGACUGCCAGGUUUACCUUGCAGUGUUGUCUUUCAUCAAACAAGAGCUGUCAUCAUAUAUCAAAGGAGGCUGGAUCCUCCGUAAAGCCUGGAAGAUGUACAACAAAUGUUACAGCGACAUCACUCACCUGCAGGAGGGCAGAAGAAGAAGAGCCUCUGAACAACAAGCAAUGGCGCAACCAUCUCCGUCCUCCCCUGACACAUCCAACCACGGCCGCUUCUCUUCACCUGGGCCGAGCCCAUCUCUGAGAAUGGACGGUAUCAGCCCAGAGGCUCUGGAUCGGUUAAAAGGUUCGGUCAGCUUCGGUUACGGCCUCUUCCACCUCUGUAUCUCGAUGGUGCCGCCGCACCUCCUGAAGAUCGUCAACCUCCUGGGCUUCCCUGGCGACCGCCUUCAAGGCCUGUCAGCGCUCACGUACGCCAGUGAAAGUAAGGACAUGAAGGCCCCCUUAGCUACCCUGGCCCUCCUGUGGUACCACACAGUAGUGCAGCCCUUCUUUGCUCUGGAUGGCACAGACACUCAGACGGGUCUGAUGGAAGCCAAAUCCAUUCUUCAACAAAGGGAGGCUACCUAUCCAAACUCCUCCCUCUUCAUGUUUUUCAAAGGCAGAGUCCAACGCCUCGAGUGCCAGAUCAGUAGUGCCUUGACAUCCUUCCGCGAUGCCUUAGAGCUGGCCUCUGACCAGAGGGAGAUUCAGCAUGUGUGUCUAUAUGAAAUAGGUUGGUGCAGCAUGAUCGAGCUGAACUACAGAGAAGCCUACAGGGCCUUUGAGCGACUGAAGACCGAGUCUCGCUGGUCCCAGUGCUACUACGCCUAUUUAACUGGAGUGUGCCAAGGAGCCACAGGUGAUCUGGAGGGAGCUGUCACAGUUUUCAAGGACGUUGAAAGACUUUUCAAACGCAAGAAUAAUCAGAUAGAGUUGUUCUCCAUGAAGAGGGCUGAGAAGCUAAGGACCCCCAGUUUAUCGAAAGAACUCUGCAUCCUGUCUGUGAUUGAGAUUCUUUAUCUGUGGAAAGCUCUGCCCAACUGCUCCACCGCCAAGCUUCAGGCAAUGACACGAGUCCUUCAGGGGAUUGAAGAUGCCUCAUGUGCAGGCCUGAAAAACCUGCUUCUUGGUGCCAUAAGCGGAUGUCUUCAGAACACCAAAGAUGCCAUUCAGUUUUUCCAUCUGGCUGCAAGGGAUGAGGUUGGUCGUCUGAGCAACUCUUAUGUGCAGCCCUACUCCUGCUAUGAACUGGGCUGUGUGCUGCUGAACACUCCAGAGUCUGCAGGGAAUGGCCGAAUGCUGAUGCUUCAGGCUAAGGAGGACUAUGCCGGCUAUGACUUUGAGAACAGGCUCCAUGUUCGUAUUCAUUCAGCUCUCGCCUCCAUGAGGGCUGCUGCAGCCCAGCCUUGACAUUUCAUCUGCACUUCAGAAAUAACUGGAAGAAAUGUCUUUUAAAAAAAAAAAAGCCACAAUACCAUUCAAGUCACUAAUGUUACACUGCUUUAUUUGUUUUAAUUUAUUCUUAUUUCCAGAUUCUGAGCCAAUGCAUCGUUUUAAAAUAUGUGCAAUAUACACAGGUGUUUUAUGGGAGAACAGUUACAGGAGUGAUUUUAUUUAUCUGUUACUGUAUUUUAUAAUAAAUUAAUACAUUGGGUUUUUGUUGUUUACAUGGUUAAUUUCAAAUCAGAUGAAAAUCUUUAAAUUAAUUUCGAAAAGCAUGUUGCUUCCGUAGAUGGAACAUUUUUCCUCUGAUUUGAUCUGGAGAAAAGUCAGGUCAAGUAGAGUAAUGGCACAAAGCAGUUACAAUGAAUGACAUCUCAGUGUUGGUUGCUGACUUUGACAUUUGUGAUGUAAAGGCUUUGCAAAUCAAUAAGCUAAACCAAACAGUGAUUUUUUUUAAUUUUUUUUUUAAUAUGGCCCCUUUUUAAACAAUUGUUUUUUUUAUCAGUGUAAAUAUGUCUUGCACAAAGGUUUUGAUAGAUGUGCCAACAUCAUGUUGUGAGUGGCCUAGAUGCACAGUGCUACUCCUGGCUGUAAACUGAUUCUCAUUUAUAUUGUUUGUUUUAAGAUAAUAAAAUGAAUAUUGUAAAAUGGAA